UAAAAUUUAUUUUCGUUUUAUAAUUCCAAAACAUUUGGAUAUUUUUUCCCCAAACCUUCGAUUGAAAAAAGUGACAAAUGCUGUCAAGCAUCCAAACAAUUCGUUGCUUAAUCUCAUUGAAUAAGAAGUCCAGUUUAUUCAAGCAGAAUAAAAACAAGCAAAAACGCCUACUAUUUAAAUAUUUAUAAAUUUUUUUGAAUUUUAAUCCUAUAAAAAAAUUUAUAAAGAUGUAUAUACCAUAUUUGACUGCUAGAUCAACAGCGGUAGCUAUUCGAUCAAUCUCACAUCGAUUCAAAUCGACUUCUGUUGAUGGGAAAAAAAUCUUGGCAAUCAGACGAGAAGAUGCUUCAAUUUGGGAACGUCGUGCUCCAUUGGCUCCACUUCAUGUUCGUCAAUUGGUUCGGAAAGGUGUUAAGGUAAUUGUUCAGCCUUCAAAUCGUCGUGCAUAUCCGUUGCAAGCUUAUGUACAAUCGGGCGCUGUCGUUCAAGAAGACAUUAGUGAAGCACCAGUCAUAAUUGGCGUCAAACAAGUUCCUGUUGAUCUCUUAUUGCCGAAUAAAACGUAUGCCUUCUUUUCUCAUACGAUCAAAGCCCAGGAAGCUAAUAUGCCAUUGCUUGAUGCAUGUCUUGAUCGUAAUAUUCGUUUGAUUGAUUAUGAGAAAAUGGUUGAUUCUAUGAAUCAACGUGUGGUAGCCUUUGGUCGUUAUGCCGGUAUUGCCGGUAUGAUCAACAUAAUGCAUGGCCUAGGUUUACGGCUAUUGGCAUUAGGUCACCAUUCACCAUUCAUGCAUAUUGGUCCUGCUCAUAAUUAUCGUGAUAGCGGAAGUGCUAAACAAGCUGUUCGGGCAAGUGGUUAUGAAAUAGCGUUAGCUAUGAUGCCUCGAUCGAUUGGUCCACUCACGUUUGUUUUCACCGGAUCCGGAAAUGUAUCUCAAGGAGCACAGGAAAUAUUUCAAGAAUUACCAUUUGAAUAUGUCGAUGUUAAAGAUUUGCCACAUGUAUCACAACUGGGUCAAACUACCAAAGUAUACGGUGCUGUCGUUUCAAGAGCUGAUCAUUGGGUCCAUAAAAAUGGUUCAACAUUUGAUCCGGAAGAAGCCGAACAACAUCCUGAACGUUACUACUCAAAUUUCGCCUCAAACAUUGCACCACAUGCAUCUGUCAUUGUAAAUGGAAUUUAUUGGGCACCAGAUUCGCCGAGAUUAUUGACUAUCCCGGAUGCAAAAAGAUUAUUGCAACCGCAUUAUGCACCUUGGUUACCAACAUCUAUAGGUUCUCCUGCACUGCCACAUCGACUAUUAGCUAUCUGUGAUAUCAGUGCUGAUCCUGGUGGAUCUGUAGAGUUCAUGACCGAUUGUACAACGAUUGACAAUCCAUUCUGUCUAUACGAUGCUGAUUAUAACCAAAAGACUAGUGAUUUUGCCGGACCUGGUGUACUUGUAUGUUCGAUCGAUAAUAUGCCCACACAGUUACCAUUAGAAGCGACUCAAUCUUUUGGUGAUUUGCUCAAACCAUAUAUCUUUGAUAUCAUUAAUUCAGAUGCAAACGAGCCAUUCGAAAAAUUCAAAGGCAGUGAUGUGGUACAACGAGCAGUGAUUGCUAGUAAUAGAGAAUUAACUUCAAAUUUUCAAUAUAUAAUGGAAAUGAGAGCUCAUAAAGAUAAAAGCAAAUUGGGUAAAUCGAGAGCAGACAAUGAAAAAUCGGUAUUAGUUUUGGGUGCCGGUUUUGUGGCCGCUCCUCUCGUCGAAAUAUUGACUCGCGAUGAAAAAGUUCAUGUAAUUAUUGCAUCAGAUCUUCAGACUCCGAGUGAAAAUAUCGCCAAAAAUGCAAAGAAAUCAAAUGCUGAAUCAGUAGUUGUUGAUGUACUAAAAAAUCAAGAUCUUUUAGAGACACUUAUUAAGGAAUCUGAUCUCGUAAUCAGUUUGCUUCCUUACUCACUACAUCCGAUCAUUGCUCAGAAAUGUAUUCAAUUUGAAAAGAAUAUGGUGACGGCUAGUUACAAAACUCCAGAAAUGAAAGCUCUUCAUGAUGCAGCACUUGAAGCUGGUGUAACCAUCUUAAACGAAGUCGGUUUAGAUCCUGGUAUUGAUCAUUUGUUUGCGAUGGAAUGUUUCGAACAAGUACAUUCAAACGGAGGCAAAAUCACAUCGUUUAAAUCAUUCUGUGGUGGUAUACCUGCUCCAGAAUCUGCUGAUAAUUCACUUUUAUACAAGUUUAGCUGGAAUCCCAGAGGAGUAAUAUUGAAUACAUUAUCCGGAGCACGAUGGCUCGAAAAAGGAAAAUUGUAUGAAGUUCCCGAAGGUGGUGCCUUGAUGGAUGCUGUCCGAGAUAUUGACUUUUUAAAAGGUUUUAGUUUCGAAGGAUAUCCUAAUCGUGAUUCUUUAAUCUAUCAGGAUGUCUACGGACUAAAUUCCGUUCACACAUUAUUACGUGGCACAUUGAGGUACAAAGGAUUCUGUAACCUGAUGAAAGGAUUUCACAUGAUGCAACUGCUCAACACUAAUCCGCAUCCUUUACUACAUCCAAAUGGGCCAGAUAUAACGUGGCGUCAAUUCAUUGCCAAUUUGUUGGCACAACCCGAAGAUAUUCUGCCUACAACUGUUAAAAAUAUAAUGUUCGAUAAAAUCGGACAAGAUGAACAACGUAUGCAAGCAUUUGAAGAACUUGGUUUAUUAGAUGAUGAAAUGAUUGCCAAAAAACAUUCACCAUUCGAAACGUUGAUGUAUUAUCUCACCAACAAAUUGAUGUAUCAGCCAUGUGAACGUGAUCUGGUCGUUUUACGACAUGAAAUCAAUGUUGAAUGGCCUGAUCAAAGCAAAGAAAAACGUAACAUCGAUCUGGUCGUAUACGGAGAUCCCGAUGGAUAUUCAGCCAUGGCCAAAACUGUCGGUUAUCCUACUGGAAUCGCUGCCAAUAUGAUUUUGAAUGGAGAAAUACAAGAAAAAGGCGUUGUCGGGCCAACAUCGGUAAAUGUUUACAACACAAUGAUAAAACGGUUACGAAUGGAAGGAAUAAGAGCGAUUGAAAAAUCUACAAAAUAUUAGAUAAUUUUUUGUGAAUAUAAUUUAGUCUAAAUUCAGAAACAUUAUUAAAAUCAUUGCUCAACUGGG